AAAAUGUGGAAAAUUCUUUCUAUUGCUGUUGUGUUGUGCGUCUCUGCCGUUGUCGCCGACGAGCACUGGUGGCAGCAUGCCAAUUUUUAUCAAAUCUAUCCGAGAUCGUUCAAAGACAGUGACGGCGACGGAGUGGGAGAUUUACGAGGAAUUAUGGAAAAAGUAACCUAUUUGCGCCACGAACUUGGUGUCGAUGCAAUUUGGUUGUCCCCGAUUUUCAAAUCGCCUAUGGCAGACUUUGGAUAUGAUAUCUCCGACUUUCGAGAUAUCCAUUCAGAGUUCGGCACGGUUUCGGAUUUGGAAGCCCUAGCUCAAAAAUGCACAGAAGAAGGUCUUAAACUUAUAUUGGACUUUGUUCCCAACCACAGCAGUGACGAGAGUGAGUGGUUUCAAAAAUCAGCAAGUAACGAUUCAACCUACAGUGAUUAUUACGUGUGGCAUGAGGGAAAAAUACUGGACAAUGGAACUCGAGUGCCGCCAUCAAAUUGGAUUAGCGUUUUUCGCGGGCCAGCAUGGGAGUGGAAUGAGCAGCGUGGAGCGUACUAUUUGCAUCAGUUCCUAGUGAAGCAACCUGAUCUCAACUAUCGUCACCCGGCAUUGGUAGAAGAAAUGAAGGAAGUACUGAACUUCUGGCUGGAAAAGGGAGUACAUGGUUUUCGGAUUGAUGCCGUGCCUUAUCUAUUUGAAUCCUUGCCAGUAAAUGGAGUGUACCCGGAUGAAGUAAAAAGCGGCACUACUGACGACCCGGACAAUCCGAACUAUUUGAUUCAUACGUAUACUCAAAAUUUGGAUGAAACAUUCGAUAUGGUUUACCAAUGGAGAGCAGUAGUAGAUGAGUAUAAGCAGCUCCACAACACAGAAGAUAUAGUUUUGAUGGCCGAAGCCUACACCCCUUUAGAUAACAUCAUUCGCUUGUUCGGCAACGCUAUUUCUGAAGGAGCACAUAUUCCAUUCAAUUUUGAAGUCCUGAGCAAUACUUUCAAGGAUACCACCGGAAAGCAGUUCUACGACAACAUCAACCGAUGGCUUACUGUUGUGCCAUCAAAUCGCUUUUCAAAUUGGGUGCUUGGAAAUCACGAUAACCGACGAGUAUCGUCUCGGUUGGGGGUGGCACGUGCAGAUUUGUAUCAAAUAGCGCUAAACGUACUCCCUGGCAUUGCUGUAACAUAUAACGGAGAUGAGUUAGCGAUGGAAGAUGUGUACAUUUCGUGGGAUGACACUAUCGAUCCUGCGGCAUGCAAUUCUAACCCCAAAGAUUAUUUGCUCUAUAGCCGGGAUCCAGCUCGAACUCCCUUCCAGUGGGAUGAUUCCAUCAGCGCUGGGUUCUCCACUAAUCGCACAACGUGGCUGCCAGUGGCAUCAAACUAUAAGACCCUUAACUAUAAGGCACAAAAAGCCGCACCGCGUUCGCAUGUGAAAAUAUUCAAGGCUCUUUUGCGAUUGCGCAAACAGCGCACACUACGCGAAGGAACAAUGGAGAUGCAAAUGAUCGAUGAUAACAUCAUUGUCAUCAAGCGCCAUCUAGACACCGUGAGCACUAUUGUGGCCGUGUUAAACUUCAACAAAAUCACAAAGAACAUUAAACUAUCAGCGGUUUUUACCGGGCUCCCAGCUGCCUUUGAAGUGAUUACCUCAUCGUUGCAAACCAAUUACAUCGACGGAUCUAUUGUGGGUAGAGAUGAAAUCGCGUUGCCCGCGGAUGCCGCAAUCGUCUUGGAAGGCAGCACAUCAAAUGGUGUAUAAAAUGAAAUGUUGUUUGUGGCAAUUAUUACUAGAAAAUCAUCACAAUUAUUUACAAAAUUUAUUCUUGCUGUACUACCUGCAUAUGAUGCACUCGCUUACAGGUUACAAAACCACAAGAACAUAGUAAUUGAAUAAAUACUU